GGGACCUUGGGCGUCCAUUAGUGGCAGGUAUGGAUCAGAAGAACCCAAACCUCCUGACCUCCAGUCUAACGUCCACACAACGAAGAUGCCAAAAUUGACAUAGGUGGGUGCCGAGUGCUGCUGUGGAUCCUUGGAAAAAGGAGGUGAACCGUGAAGAAGCACAACUGCAGGAAGAGCGGUCUCGCUGGUGGAGGAGGCAUGGCAGUAGGUUCUCCAGAGUCCACAGGGUCAUCCAUUCUGGCCGGAUAUCUCUGGUUGGAGGAGUAAAGGCUUUGCACUGGCAUGGAUCAAAAGGGCUGCACACGGAGACCAUUCUGCCCACACCAUGGAGUUUCUUUGGGGUGGAGUCUCUGAAAUGACCAGUGCCUUUCCUUUCGAAUGAAUAAUGGACUUUCCAGUGGUUCCUGGAGACAGGAGAGAGGAGGAGCUCACAUCCAGUUCCUGAACUUCUCCACUGAGCCCGACCAUGACUUCAUGGAACUCCACAAUGGCCCGUACAGGACCAGUCACACCAUGUACUUCCACAGUGACCGCUCCCAGGACUGGCUGGGAUUCAGGCUAGAGUUCCAGGCCUAUGAGCUUCAGGAGUUCCCAGACCCAGAGCCCUUCACCAAUGGCAGCAUAAGGGGAACCGACUACAACGUGGGACAGUCUGUGACCUUCGAGUGCUUCCCAGGAUAUCAGCUAAUGGGCCACACCAUCCUCACAUGUCAGCAUUGCACCAACCAGAACUGGGACCACCCCCUGCCCAGGUGUGAAGAAUCAGGGACAGUGGGUCAUCUGAGCUUCACAGAGAUCCUGGACAUAUCUCAAGGUCAGCUGGCAGGACCCCCUGGAGAAUAAAUGGCAUCAUUACAGGUUUUCUGGGAGGUGUGUGGGAAGAACGCCUCACGUCUCAUGCACACUCUGAACAGCAGC